UUGGUCACAAUCUCGGUCCGCUGGGGCAAUGGCCAGCACUUCACCGAGCUUGACUUGGAACAAAAGCAAAACACCAUCAAAUGGAUGAUAGCAGCAUACGUACCAGGAAUCGAGACGCUCGGCUUCCCGAAGCUAGCUGUCAUUGCCCUCCUUUCUCGUUUACUGGCGCCCGGAAAGACUCACCUCUUGAUCUUGUGGACCAUGGGCACGAUUUGCUGUUUGUCACUGACGGCCAUGGUACUGACAUUGCUAUUGCAAUGCACACCCCCUAGAGCUCUGUGGACUCUUUCAAUGCCGCACAAUUGCUUACACCCGGAGGUAUUGGAGGGGUUGGCCUUCUGGGCAAGUUCAUUUUCCGCGUUCCUCGACUUCUACUUAGCAGUGUACCCAGCUGUAGUUCUUUGGAAACUGCAGAUGCAUGCGAAGAAGAAGAUGGCGCUGACUUGCGCUCUCGGCAUGGGCGUCGUGUCUGGUUGUGUUGGAAUUGUUAAAUCAACUGGUGUACCUACUCUGUCAAGCCAAGAUGUUAGCUAUGAUCUCUGUGACCCAUUCUACUGGACGUCAAUCGAGGGCAACCUCAUCAUCAUAGCUGCCUGCAUCCCGAUCCUCCAACCUCUCCUCGAGAUGUUCAAAGGACGCACGAUAUGGAGCACUGACAAGAAGUCUAGCGGCCGUCAGUACGAGGACUACAGCAAGCAGAGUGCUCAACAGCAUCCGGACCCGAUCGAGCUCCGAAGUAAGCCACGAAAGAAGGUUGAUACAUACGGAUUGACCAUACGUGAUAAGGAUGGCAGCGAAGAGAGCAUUGUCCAUCCAGACAAGCGAUCUGCGACUGCAUCGUCAAGCCGUAAUAGCGGAACAGAUCAUGCCGGCGACGAAAAUAUUGUCAAGAGCAGUACUGUCACCGUCACGUAUGAUCAAGGAGAAGAAGGGCCAACGUCAGCAGCGACACGUUGGGCUGCUGUAUAG